CCGCACCAUGCGGAGGCUGCGCGGAGCCCCGCCGGGGCUGCCACCGCUCCCGCUGCUCCUGCUGCUGAUACUCCUGCUGCUCCUGGCCGCGGGGCACGGCGCCGUCAUCACCGGGGCCUGUGACCGGGACCAGCAGUGCGGAGGAGGGAUGUGCUGUGCCGUCAGCGUCUGGAUGCGCAGCCUGAGGAUGUGCACCCCGAUGGGAAACCUGGGAGAUGAGUGCCAUCCCCUGAGUCACAGAGUGCCCUUCCCAGGGAGGAGGAUGCACCACACCUGCCCGUGCCUCCCGGGCCUGGGCUGCCUCCGCUCUCCCCACGGCAGGUUCAGGUGCUUACCAGCCUUCAGAAAAGAAGACGUCUUCUUCUAGCAGGAACUGUUCUGUGUUACAAAGAGCCUCUCAGUAUUUUUGUUCUCUCGUUAUUGUGACAAAAAAACCCCGGUACUUUCCAGGAGAAGCCCUUCAGCACACUUUCCUGCCUCACCAACAUCAGCUGGAGAUGAGACACUGCUGUGGUGGCCAAGGGACUCACAGGAAGAUGCUUUCAUUUUGGGGUACCCAAACAACACCUACUAGAGCAAAACUCCUCCUGGGGGGGGGGCUUGACCAUUCCUGAGUCAUUCUGUAACCCCAGAAUGAAAAAAAUCCAAGUUUAUUGCCAGUUUUGGAAAAAUUUGGCCACAUCUUUACACUUUGGAAUACCUGAAUUGAACUGAGAUUUGGAUAACUGCGUAGUGUGGAGCAAAUGACAAUUGCCAAAAGAACUGUCUUUACAUUGCAUUUGUACCUUUAUAAUUUAAUUUUAUUUGUAAGUUAGGCACACCUCUAGGGUCAAGGUUUAACCAAUAGAUAUAGUUUUUACACUUUUAAAAAGUGGCAGGUGGAACCAAAGCAUCUCAGUAUUCAGAGCAUUAAAAUAUUUUGUUUUUUAGUAUUCUAAGAUGAGAAGCUUUUGUUACUUGAAUUGCUGUAAAACUACCUGAUCAUCUCAAACUAUGUAUUAAGAUGUAGUUUACAUUAAAGAAAAAAGGAACCCUGAAGUUU